AUGAAAACGCAGCUGCUGGACUAGUGUAAACACCUGAAAACAGUAAUAGCAAACCUAUUCGGAUUCAGUGGAGCGGAGUAGUGUAAACGUGGCCUAAAUGGAAGUGAUCCAGAUAAAGCCUAGGAAUCCAUCAAACACAAGUAUUACUUGUGUUUGUAAGGCAUUGGAGCAGUUUGACAUUGAGGUAUCAAAAAUACAUGUCAGUCAAGAUGGACAAUACUACAAUGUUGAAGUAACUUGUGGUAGUUGGGGGAAAAUUCAGUCUCAAAUCAAAGGACUGCGGCUACGACUAUGGGAAUUCAAACUAGUUAAAGGUCCUUUAACAACAGAUGAAUGUGUACUAAUUAAUAUAACCUAUUCUGAUCCAGCUGCCUUCAAAGAUGGCAAGUUACCUUCUGUGAGUGAUUUAAAGGAACAGUUCUUGCAAGUGGCUUCUAAAGCUACCCCUAGUAUGUCUGGGUACAACUAUGCUUUCACUAUCAAUAAGGUAGACUUUUGCUCCCUAUAUUGUUUCCAAACCACACAACCAUCACCUCAAAGUGAUGGUUCGUUAUGGAAGCAUCUUGUCAAAGUUGAAGUCGAAUGCCUUUCAUCUUAUUGUCAUCUCGAUGGUAAAAGUUUCUACUAUGAUUUUCUAACAAGUAUUGUGAGCGAUGAUUGCUGGAUAUGCUGGAAAUUUAAUGGAGCCACAAGUGAUGGGAUCAUACUUGGUUCAAAUUUGAAAAAGAUAAAAAAAGUGUAAUACGAAGAGACAUCAGUUUGAGCAUAGAACUAUUGGUAAUGCUGUUAUAAUUUUUUUUUAAUUUUUGCUGUAAGUGAAAAUCCUACUUUCCUUAGCUACCAUA